AUGGCAAAAAAAUACGAAGGACGUGCUGUGGGAAUAGACCUUGGAACAACAUAUUCUUGUGUUGCUGUGUGGAUGGACCAUCACAACAGAGUUGAGAUCAUACACAAUGAUCAAGGAAAUAGAACAACACCUUCUUUUGUUGCUUUCACUGAUGAUCAAAGGUUGAUUGGUGAUGCUGCUAAGAAUCAAGUUGCAACUAACACAGGAAACACAGUCUUUGAUGCUAAAAGGUUAAUUGGUAAAAAGUUUAGUGAUACAGUGGUUCAAAAAGAUAUUAUGUGGUGGCCAUUCAAGGUUAUUUCUGGACUGAAUGACAAACCCAUGAUUACCCUCAUGUAUAAUGGUGAAGAGAAGCAAUUUUGUGCUGAGGAAAUAUCAUCCAUGGUCCUCGCAAAAAUGCGAGAGGUUGCAGAGGCAUAUCUAGGGUCGGCCGUCAAGAAUGCUGUUGUUACUGUGCCGGCUUACUUCAAUGAUUCUCAAAGAAAAGCCACAGUAGAUGCUGGUGUCAUUGCUGGCCUUAAUGUGAUUCGAAUAAUUAAUGAACCUACUGCUGCCGCUAUUGCAUAUGGUCUUGAUAAGAGAAGUGAAUAUGACCGUAAACGGAAUAUUUUUGUGUUUGAUCUUGGUGGUGGUACUUUUGACGUAUCUAUCCUCACAAUCACGGGCGAUGUCUUUGAAGUAAAAGCCACGGCUGGAGACACUCAUCUUGGAGGAGAGGACUUUGAUAGCAGAUUGGUGAAUUAUUUUGUAGAGGAGUUCAAAAAGAAGAAUAGAGUGGACAUUAGUGUGAACUCAAGAGCCUUAAGAAGGUUGAGAACUGCCUGUGAGAAGGCCAAAAGGAUACUAUCUUUUGUUUUCGUCACCAAUGUUGAGGUAGACUCUUUAUUUCAGGGAAUUGACUUUUCUUCAUCAUUAACUCGUGCCAAGUUUGAGGAAAUUAAUAUGGACCUCUUUAAUGAGUGUAUGAAAACAGUUGAAAGUUGUCUUAAUGACUCAAAGGUAGACAUGAGUGAUAUUGAUGAUGUUGUUCUUGUGGGUGGCUCGUCUAGGAUUCCCAAAGUGCAAGAUAUGUUGCAAGACUUUUUCAAGGGAAAAGAUUUGUGCAAGACUAUCAACCCCGACGAGGCAGUUGCUUAUGGUGCAGCUGUUCAGGCUGCUAUUUUGAGCGAAGGCUUUAAGAAUGUCCCAAACUUAGUGCUGCGAGAUGUUACCCCAUUAUCACUUGGUAUCUCGGCAGACACUGGUGGUGUGAUGAGUGUGGUGAUUCCUAGGAACACUACCAUACCUGUCAAGAAGUCUAGAGGAUAUGCUACAGCUAUAGAUAACCAUUGCAUUGUCCCAAUUAAGGUUUAUGAAGGUGAGAGAGCAAGAGCCUCAGACAACAAUCUACUUGGGCUGUUUAACCUUUCUUGCCUUCCAGGUACUCCUCGGGGCCAGCCCUUAGAUGUAUGCUUUGCCAUUGAUGAUAAUGGUAUACUAAUUGUUUCUGCUAAGGAAAUAUCUACGGGCAAUACAAACGAGAUCACCAUAACCAAUGACAAAGAAAGGCUGUCAACAUUCGAGAUUAAAAAAAUGAUUGAAGAUGCUGAAACAUACCAAGCGGAAGAUAAGAAAUUUUUGAGGAAGGCCGAGGUAAUGAGUGCAUUGGAUUCUUGUGUUUACAAUCUGAAGAAUGCUUUGAAGAAUGACCAUUAUUUAAUGCUCUCCUUUCAAAAAAGUGAGAAGAUCAACAAUGCAAUUACUGUGGCUACAAAUUUGCUUGAUAAGAAUAACAAACAGAAAGAAGUGGAGGUUCUUGAGGAUCAUCUGAAGGAGCUGGAGAGCAUGCUGAAAAAUCUUCAAGUCCAGACUGGCUAG